AAUCGCUGAUUUCCGUGUGUGCACGCGGAUCACUUCCUUGUUUUCGGACUUGUCAUAAUGCGAUUGGUUAGAGAGCGUGUCAGCGUUUGAAUGGGACUCUCCGCAUCUGUCUUUCUGUGAUGUAGAUAGAUACUAGCUGUAAUAAUGGGUCAAUUAAGAAUUAUCUCUGUCUUUCUGGAUUUCUUUUUAUUAUGUUUUAUGUUUGUCCAUUGCGGUGGUCGGGAUUUGGACUCCAGCUACGUUACAUGUGGAUCUCUGGUGAAACUGCUGAACACACGGCACAACGUCAGACUACACUCGCAUGAUGUCAAAUACGGAUCAGGUAGUGGCCAGCAAUCAGUAACAGGUGUAGAUUCAGCCGAUGAUGCCAACAGCUACUGGCGUAUCCGCGGGAAACCGGAAGGCUUUUGUCAGCGUGGGGUUCCCAUUCGAUGUGGGCAGACCAUCCGAAUCACACACAUGAAGACAGGCCGCAACCUACACUCGCAUCACUUUACCUCCCCCCUGUCUAACCACCAGGAAGUGAGUGCAUUUGGUGAAAAUGGAGAAGGAGAUGAUUUAGAUGUAUGGACAGUUCAGUGCAGUGGAACAUACUGGGAACGCGAUGAUGCGGUACGAUUUAAACACACUGGCACUGAGGUUUUCCUCAGUGUUACUGGAGAGCAGUAUGGUCAUCCAAUCAGAGGCCAGCAUGAGGUCCAUGGAAUGCCCUCACCCAACCAGCAUAACUACUGGAAGGUAAUGGAAGGGGUUUUUAUUCAGCCCAGUAGUGAUCCGGUCCACCAUGAUGAGCUCUGAUGACGUCGCUACAUUAUGGUAGUGAAGGCCAAUGGAGACAAAACACACUGUACUCUGAACUUGACUCACACACGCUGUGAAACCUUCUUUAGAUUUAAACCUUCCGUUUCUUCAGAAUUUACAUUUGUUUGUCAAACUCUUUUAGUGUUGCAAUUUUGUCACUUUUACGGAUCUGUUUUUGACUCAAGGAUCACUUUAAAAAUGCAUAUCUCUGACAAUUUGAUUGUUUUAUUGGUUGGUUGUUUUCUUUAGAUUGCAUUUUCAUUUGUGUAUAAGGGAAUUAGUUGAAAUUACAUUUCUAUUUGAAUUCUGGGCCAAAAAAAAAAAAACAAGUGUAUUGUGGAUUUAUAUUUAGGUCUGCUGAAACAUUGCUGGCUAUUUGAAUGAGUGACAACUACUAAAAGAGUAAAAGUGUAUUUUUGUUUUUAUAAAAUCCUGAAUUCUCUCUGAAAACUGUGGAAAAUAUUAAAUGAUUGUUUCUGUAUCGGUUAAUGUUUUUUGCAAUUCCCAAUUGUUUUUCCCCUUAUGUUAUGACUCCAUAGUAUGGACAUAAUUUUGUGAAAAGUUAAAAGAUUUGGUAAAUAGAAUUAAUAUCAUGUUUUAAUAACUGAAAUACAACCCCAAUUCUGAAAGUUGGGAAAGUAUGGUAAAUGCUAAUAAAAACAAAAAGGAGUGAUUUGUGACUACAACACAUUAUUUGAUGUUAUACCUUGUGAAUGUAAUAUAUAUAUGUACACACAAAUUUCAAAUCAGAUGAUUGCAACAUGCUCCAAAAAAGUGGGACAGUCGAAUGUUUACUACUGUGUAGCAUCACCAUUUCUUCUUAUAAAAAUUAUUAAGCAUUUGGGCACUGAGGACAAGUUUAAGUUUAGCAAGCAGAGUUUUCCCUCAUUCAUCCAUUAUGCAAGUCUUCAGCUGCGCAAUUGUACAGGGCCUUCAUUGUCGUAUUUGCACUACAUAAUGUGCCACACAUUCCCAAUUGGAGACAGGUCAGGACAGCAGGCAGGCCAAUACAGCACCCACGCUCUCUGCUUAUGCAGCUAUACACUUGUAAUCGGGCAGUAUGUGGUUUGGUGUUGUCCUGUUAGAAAAUGCAGGGAUGUCCCUGAAAAGAUGGCAUCGGGAUGACAGUAUAUGUUGCUCCAAAAUUAGUGCAUUUCUUUCUGCAUUAAUUGUGCCCUCACAGACAUGUGAGUUACCCAUACCAUGACAGACACUGGCUUUUUGACCUGGUGCUUAUAACAGCUUGGAUUUUCCUUUUCAUCUUUGGCCCAGAGAACAAGAUGGCUGUUUAUUCCAAAAACUAUUUGAAUGUGGACUCGUUAGAGCACAAAACAUGAUUCCACUGUUCUACUUUCCAUCUCAGAUGAGACAAUGGCCAGUGAAGUCUAAUGGACAGUGUUGAUGUAUGGCUUCUGCUUUGCAUAGUAAAGCAUUAACUUUCAUCUGUGGAUGCAGCGGUGAAUGAUGUUGACUGACAAAGGUUUACCAAAGUAUUCCCGAGCCCAUAUUCUGAUAUACAUUACAGACGAAUGACAGUUUUAAAGAGGUCUGAGGGAUCAGAGAUCACGCGCAUUCGGUAGUGGUUUUUGGCCUUGCCCUUUUAUGCUCUUAAGUUUUGACUGGAUUCCUUGAAUCUUUUAACUACAUUGUGCACUAUAGAGGGUGAACUGCCCAAAAUCCUUCAGAUUUGUUCUCAAAGCGCUAGAUUAUUUGCUGACGCAUCUGUUGGCAAAUUGGCAAGCCUCGACCCAUCCUUGCUCUUGAAGAACUAGGUUUUAUUUGGAGGCUCCUUAUACACUAACACGAUUGCCUCAACUGUUUAACAUCUCCCGUUUCACAUCACCAUGUUAUUUUAACUCAUCAGAUUGUUAUUAGCCCAAAUUGCCCAGUCUCAGCUUUUUUGGAGUGUUGCAAUUGUCUUGGAAUAAUGGAAUAAUGUAUGGAUUUUGCUGUUUCGGAAGGAAAUUGGUACUUUAAUUCACCAAAGUGGCAUUCAACUGAUCACAAAGUAUAGUCAGGACAUUACUGAUGUAAAAAACAGCACCAUCACUAUUUGAAAAAAGUAAUUUUUGAUCAAAUCUAGACAGGCCCCAUGUCUAGCAGCCAUCACUCCAACACCUUAUCCUUGAGUAAUCGUGCUAAAUUGCUAAUUUGGUACUAGAAAAUCACUUGCCAUUAUAUCAAACACAGUUGAAAGCUAUUUGGUUUGUUAAAUGAAACUUAACAUUGUCUUUGUGUUUGUUUUUGAGUUGCCACAGUAUGCAAUAGACUGGCAUGUCUUAAGGUCAAUAUUAGGUCAAAAAUGGCAAAAAAAAGAAA